CCUUUAUCUGCAGCAUUGAACACGCUCUUUUUGUUGAACCCAGAGAGCAGAUUACAGGACAUGUAACUGCACGUUAUGUACUCAUGACUUUGAAGGACAGACAAGGAGGUGCAAAGUGAAACUUUGAAGUCAGAUUGCCUUUCCUGUACCUGUGGAUUUGCGUCUGAACGAUAUCAGCAUGAAGGUGCCUCAUUCAUCUCUGCUCACAUUUGCUCUACUGUUGAAUCACCUAUCCAGUGUAUCUGGGGGCAAGAUCCUGGUGUUCCCAUUGGAUGGAAGCCACUGGGUAAACAUGAACGUACUCAUAGAGGAACUGCAUGCCAAAGGCCAUGAGGUCACUGUGGUGCGAGCGUCAGAUAGCUGGUACAUCAGAGAAAAGUCUCCCUUCUACACCUCUGUCACCCUUCCCGGGACAAGUGGCUUUGAGGAAAACUUUGAAACCUUUUUGUCCCCACAGCUGGAGAUCCGGCUUCAGGGUAAGCCUACAUCUUUUUGGUCUCACAUCUGGACUGGUAUUCAGAUACAGCAGAUGGUUAUUAACCAGUUCAAUCAGUUCCAUAACAGAAUGAGUGAAAUGAUCGUUCAGAUGUUUGAAGAUGAAAACCUGAUGCGUUCCCUACAUGAUGCCAAAUAUGACGUGGUUUUGACUGACCCUGGAAUCGGCGUAGGGGCCAUGCUGGCACGUCGACUCCAAGUUCCUCUGGUUUUCAAUGUCAGAUGGACCAUUCAAGGAGAGGCUCAUUUUCUUAUUGCGCCUUCACCUCUAGCAUACAUUCCUUUCACGGCAACAGAGCUAACAGAUAGCAUGACUUUCCCUCAAAGAAUCAAGAAUGUUUUGAGUUAUAUCCUUGGGAUGUACACACUAUCAUACAUAACAGAACCUCACUACAAACCUGUGGUUCUGCAGUACUUUGGUCCUGAUGUGGAUUACUCAACGUUUUUCCUAGAUGCUGACAUAUGGCUCAUGAGGAAUGACUUUAUCUUUGAAUUUCCACGUCCCACGAUGCCCAAUAUAGUCUACAUGGGUGGAUUUCAGUGCAAGCCCGCAAAGCUGCUGCCUGCGGACCUGGAGGAGUUUGUCCAGAGUUCUGGAGAUCAUGGGGUGAUUAUGAUGACCUUAGGAACCUUAGUCGGGAAGCUUCCUCAAGAUGUCGCUGAGGAGAUUGCUGCGGCCUUUGCUCAGCUGCCUCAGAAGGUUAUAUGGAGGUACAUAGGACAAAGGCCAGCAGGCCUCGGCAACAACACAUUACUGGUCAACUGGUUGCCACAGAACGACCUCUUAGGACAUCCCAAAACUAGAGUCUUUGUGACCCAUGGAGGCACCAACGGGGUUCAGGAAGCAAUUUACCAUGGGGUUCCUAUAGUUGGACUUCCUUUAUUUUUUGACCAGCCUGAUAAUCUCUCCAGAAUCAGAGCAAAGGGAGGAGCAGUGAUUUUGGAUAUUGCCACGCUUGAUAGGCACGUCUUUGCAGAUUCACUGAUGACAGUUCUUUACAAGUCCUCUUACAGGGAGAGCAUGCAGACACUCUCGAGGUUGCACAGAGAUCAGCCCAUGAAACCACUGGAUCAGGCAGUGUUUUGGAUAGAAUAUGUCAUAAGGCAUAAAGGAGCCCGUCAUCUACAGACGCAGUCCAACAAAAUGUCCUGGUUUGUUUACAACUCUGUUGAUGUCAUUGCUGCUUUGUUGACAGUUGUUUUGGUCAUAAUAUUCACCUGCAUUUCAAUUGUAAGAUUACUGUGGAGAAUGAUCUUUGUCGGGAGAAAGGUUAAACAUGAAUGAUAUGAAAAGUAA